AUGAUUCGUCAACAUAUAAUUGAAAAACAAUGGGAAGAAGACAACCAAUUUGGUUCAAUAACAAAUUGGUUCGAAAAAAUUAUUGCAGAAGAAAAAGAAUCAAUUAAUUUAGUAUCAGGUUUUUGUGUUCUUGGAUUGCGAAAAUGGACAUGUAAUUCGGGACAUAUUAAAAUUUCUACAAUACCAAUUAAACCAUUUUACUCAAUAAAUGGGAUGGAGGGUUUUGAUGGUCCUUUUUUUAAAGAAAACCCACAUUUAAAUGGGCAAGUUUCUGCAUUAUUCACAAAUAAGAAUGAAAUAAUUUUUCGUGUACAUCCUGAUGAACCCUGUCCUUAUGUUCGUUCAAAUCUUGGUCAAUGUAUUAAUCGGAAAAUUAAUUAUGAAGAAUAUAUUAUUUCUUAUCCACCAAUUUUAAUAUUUGAAUUGACUCAGAGAGAUGGUAAUUCAUAUCAUUCAUCAAAUCAAUUAGACUUUCCAUUGCAUCUUUAUUGCAAAUCAAGUGAAGAAACUUUGGAAUAUAUGUUGACAGCUCGUGCAUUUAGUACUUUACCAGAGGCCUAG